UUCUCAGCAACCCGCCCUUUCUCCAUUUCUCAGCAACCGGCUCUCUCUCACACUCCUCGCUCAUCAUUGUUUCUUGAAAUUCUCCUCUUUCAUCCGUUCGUACAGCGACAAUCCUUUGAAUCCUUUAGAAAAUUGGCCUUUUAAUAUCAUUCUGCUUUAAUGAGCUGCACAAUUUUUACAUAGAGGGGAGAUAGAUGGACUUGAAAGAAGCUGGUUCAUUGCUUAAUAAUCUAGUUGCUGCUUUCAAUGGUCGGAUCGCGGAGCUCCAAGAUCUCGUAAUUGCACGAAAUAUGUAUCCGGCGAGUUGUAUCCCUGAUUUGUCGGCAGUUGAUGCAUCAUUGAAGGCAAUGGAGUUGCAGGUGCAGGCAAUCAAGAACCAGUUACAAGAAGAAGCUGAAGCAAUUCCCAAAGCGAAAAAACUUAUCGAAGCAUCUCUUAAGCAGCAGAAGAGGUUAGAAAGUAUAUCACUUCACGUUCCCUCGUAUCAUAUUCAGCCCCAAAGAGUUUCUGCGUUGAACUUAAAUACCAGUCUUUGUUCACAGGCCAAAAAAACUGAUACUGAAUUGGGCUCCCUAGAGGCUGAGAAUGUGAUUUCAGUCUUACCUAAGGAGAAGAAAGGUUCCUCUCCACCACUUUGGUACAUAACCACCGACGAACUGAAUUCACUGUCAUCAUAUAUGAAAGGAAGGUUGACAGUUGACAAGGUCAAUGCUGCUAUUAAUGACAUGGCAACAUAUGCUGAAGCAAAUGCUCAGCUUAUUGUCGUCCCAAAGAAGAAGCUGGCUGAGAACCAAUGGGAAAAGGCUCUGGAGCUAAGAGAUAUUGCAACAACCGAAGCAGUGAAAGGAAAAUAUUUCUUUCUUGAAACUGACAUGCGAGGACCUUCAUUGAAACUUGACAACACUGGAAAAGCCAUACUAACUGUCCUUCGACAUCUUGGACGCAUAAGCGAGACUCGGAUUGGACAUCAACGCAUAAUUUUACUUUUAAAACCAUCAUAAAUAGCCUUUCAUUCAUUUGGACACAAGAUUACCAAGUCUUGCAUUGAAAGUCAAGAGAAUCAGCUGUGUACAACUCUAGCAAUCCGUUUCUCAAAGAUUAAUCCUGGGCAAGGUGAGAACCUCUAACCGAUAAACUACAUUCUUCUUAUGGACAAAUUGAUAGAAUGGUAUGAAUUAUUUGUGGGAUUUGGUGUGCCUUUGUCUUCGAUUAUCAUCAAAGGAAUCCUUAGAUUGAAAUGAGAUGAUAGGAUUCCCUA